AUGUUGCAAUUGGUGGUGAACUCCAACAAAAGCGAUCGGAUCAAGAUCAUUCUACGAUACCAGAAGAUAAAUAUUGCCAUCGCUGAACCGUCGUGGGAACCAAAUUCCGAAAAGGAGACUCUCGUGAGGGCUCAGGAGGGCGGGCUAGACAUUGGUGUUGGAGUAAGUCCCUUUGUAGCAACUCAUUAUCUAGGGCCCACAAACGAGGCAGACUUUAACUUUCGAGUAUGUGUUCUGCGUGGCUUGCCUAUCGUGACCGAAAAAUGGCCCGACUUUAUACUCGAGAAUAUGAAUGAUGCAUCGGUAUGGUCAAGCACUGCUAACCCAGAUCCUCUCUUCAAUAAUGACCUCUUUUUACCAAACCUGAAGCGUCCGCUCAUCCUUGCAGGUAAAUCUAUUUUGCUAUGUUAUAAAGGUUCACUUGAAUUCAAAAUAAGACAAUGGCUCGAGUGCUUGCUGCCUACUAAAGUACACACGUUGGCGAUUGACUCUGACACUUUGAAAUGGAACUUGAGCAGAUCGGAUAAAUCGACGUUGUUGACGUUUGAUUUGAAUAAUGGAAUUUUAGAAUCUCGCCAUGCGAAGCUAUUUGAUGGCAUUUCGAACUCUCUUGAUGAGUUGUGGAGAUGCAUUCUCAAGUUGGACAUAUCUACUCUUGUAGACACUACUGCCGAUAAGUUAUCUUUUCGUUAUGAUUUGCUUAUCAAGGAAUCUGAUACAGCUUUGAAUCUUAAAUUGGCUUCUCAAGGAGAUUUGGCAGGGAUUGACUCAAUAAAACCGCUUGCACCAGUAACCAGCGGCGACUCUCAGAUUGCAGAAUCAAAAGAAAAGGCUGGGAUCGUUGAUUCUAUGGACGCCACCCCAAGCAUGGCCCGCUCCACGCAAAGAAAAAGGAGGCGAAAAGUUGAACGUGUCAGCGAAACAGACUUUUUCCUGUUCACGCUGUCAAAUCCUCCAACUCAAGAAAUUAAAGAAGCAGAGCAAUCCGAGCAGAAGAAACACAAACCAAAUCCUACUGUUGAGGAGAAUCCCAGUAGCCAACCACCUCCCGUCUCGCCGGUUCAUCCUGAUUUGAGCGCGAUUGAUGAAGUGGGAAAUGACAAAUCUGAGUCUGCAAGUAUUGAACCGGACGCCCAAGCAAUAGAAGAUUCGCCAGGAAAAGUUUCAGAUACGUUUGACUUUUCUAAAUCGUUUGCACUUUCAAGUGCUGAUAAAGAUGAGCUCGAUGAGAGCGAGCCUACAGCAAAACCUAGCCAUGCAACACUCAAACGAAAACAAAUUGUUAACGACAAUAUUCAGACCAGUGCUCAUAUUCCUAAAAAGCUAAAGUCUAUGAUUGAAAAUGAUAAACGGAUGUCUUUUGCAGAUGCAGUCAUUUCAACAAAAAGAAAGGCGGAGGCUGGUGUGAAAGAGGAGCUAAGUGAAGGUUUGCCCAUAGAAGAGGCUAUUGGAAAUCUCGUCAUCGUGGAAGAAUUCGAAUUGACACGUCCGCCAAAAGCUACUGGAGUUGAGAAUCAAAAUCAAGACUACAAAGGUCGAAAGAAUUUCAAAACAUUCCGCAAAGCAAGCGCUCCGCAAAAAAGCAUCACUCGUACCUUUCUCCAAUUGUAUGACCAAAGUAGUGGCUUGAUUGGAAAACCAGUGGUUGAGAUUUCUGCAAGCAUUCAAGUGGCCAAUGAUUUCGCUGGCGAAAUGGCCUCUGUGACUGGAUAUCAGCCUGAGUCUCAACAGUUGUUUGUUUCAGAAGAUCAAGAAAGUGAUCGUGAAGAAGCAGGGUUUUCUUUCCUGAAUGGACAGACUCUCAACAGAGAGAUGGAGGAGUCUGAUGAUGAGAGUGAUGAUGCUGGAGUCCGCUUUAGAUUCUCAACUUAA